GGGGCUCUCAGAUGCUGCUGCUGCUAUUCACCACUUACUGCAGACAUGGUCAACACCACCAUGUACUUGGAUAUCAUGGCUGACUGUGAGCUCUUGGGCAAAGUCUCCUUUGAGCUAUUUUCAGUAAAGGUCCAAAGACAGCAGAAAACGUUUGUGCUCUGAGCACUGGAGAGAAAGGGUUUGGCAAUAUGGGUUCCUCCUUUCACAGAAUUAUUCCAGGAUUCAUGUAUCAGGGUGCUGACAUCACGCCAUAAGGCACUGGUGGCAGGUCCAUCUACGGAGAGAUAUUUGAGGAUGAGAACUUCAUCUUGAAGCACACAGGUCCUGGCAUCUUGUCCAGGGAAAAUGCCAGACCAAACACAAAUGUUUCCCAGUUUUUUAUGAAGACGGAGUAGAUUGAUGGCUAGCAUUUGGUCCUUGGGAAGAUGACAGAAGGCAUGAACACUGGAAGUCAUGGAGUAUUUUGGGUCCAGGAAUGGCAAGACCAACAAGAUCACCAUUUCCGACUGUGAAUAUCUCUAAUUUCUUUUGACUUGUGGGCAUUUUACCCUUCAAGCCAUUCCUUCUGUAGCUUAGGAGACCACUACCACCCCAUCUGCUUGCAAUACCCUGCAGUCUCUGCUCACAAUGAAGUUCCAUGGGUUACAUAUUUUCCUCUUUUCCCUUCAAGUCUAGCUGGGUGGCAAAAUUAAGUUUAUGAUUAUGAAUAAAACCUGAAUAAGAAAAAAAAAAGGAUGAUCAGGACGCUUUUGUGCUGUGCUGAAAAGCGUUUCACGGAGCAGCGCUUUGGAGAUCCCGAGGAUCUGUAUCUUGCUUCAACAGUGUUUGGAGGGAACAGACCCGGGGACUCCCACUUUAUUCACUUCCAGCCGCCUUACAAGUCUCUCCAGUCGCAGCCUCCGGGACCAUCUCCUUGCCGCCUUCGGCUCCUAGGACCAGCCAGCCCCGUCUUCGCGGUUAGCUCCAUACUCCGGAUCAGCCAUGACCUCUCAGAUUCGUCAGAAUUAUUCCACCGAAGUGGAAGCUGCCGUGAACCGCCUGGUCAACUUGCACCCGCGGGCCUCUUACACCUACCUCUCUCUGGGCUUCUUUUUUGAUCGGGAUGACGUGGCUUUGGAGGGCGUAGGCCACUUCUUCCGAGAAUUGGCCGAGGAGAAGCGCGAGGGCGCCCAGCGUCUCCUCAAGUUGCAGAACGAACUCGGGGGCCGUGCACUCUUCCAGGAUGUGCAGAAGCCAUCUCAAGAUGAGUGGGGUAAAACCCUGGAGGCCAUGGAAGCUGCCUUGGCCCUGGAGAAGAACCUGAACCAGGCCCUCUUGGAUCUGCACGCCCUGGGCUCUGCCCGCACAGACCCUCACCUCUGUGACUUCUUGGAAAGACACUUCCUGGAUAAGGAGGUGAAGCUCAGCAAGAAGAUGGGCAACCACCUGACCAACCUCCGUAGGGUGGCAGGGCCACAACCAGCGCAGACUGGCGUGGCCCAGGCAUCUCUGGGCGAGUAUCUCUUUGAGCGCCUCAUUCUGAAGCACGACUAGGCCUCUGUGCCUUCCAAGGGGCUCCCUCCUCUGCUCUACACCGGCCGCCUCAGCACCUCCACCCGAAUGAACGUCUAAAGCCACUAGGUAGCUUUGUAACCGCCCUGGAGCCUCUCCCAAGUCUUGGACCAAGUAAAAACAAAGCUUUUUGGAAAAAAAAAAA